CUCUCUCUCUCUCCGGCGUCUGUCCUGACCACCUCGCACGUCCGCCGUCUCCUCCUUCCUCUCUUCGCAAUCACAAUCCUGAAGAAAUUCCGGAACACAUCGAGAUCGAUCGAGGAGAGAACGACGAGCGGUCUCGUCCAGCAAGCUGUGCAAGAUUGAUUCGGACGCCCGCCUCGAGGAGCAGCCGAUGGUGCCGCACGGCCGCGUCCACCCGGCGGCGGCGGCGAGCAGCUCCGACUUCUCCGGCGAGAUGAACCAGUCCGCCGCCUCCUCCGACCCCUCCUCCAGCCCGCCCUACAGCUUCCACUUCGAGAAGCCCCUCCCGCCGACGGCGGCGGCGCCGCCGCCCGCCGACGCGCGGCGGUACCAGCAGCUGCUGCCGGCGCCGCAGCCCGGCACGUACGUGGUGCAGAUGCCCAAGGACAAGGUGUUCCGCGUCCCGCCGCCGGAGAACGCGCGCCUCUUCCAGCACUACACCCGCCGCGCCAGGCGCCGCGCCCGCUGCUCCUGCGCCCGCGUCUGCUCGUGGCUCCUCCUCGCGCUCGUCCUCCUCGCCGCCGCGCUCGCGGCCUCCGCCGCCGUCGUCUACCUCGUGUUCAAGCCCAGGCAGCCGGACUACACGCUCCUGUCCCUCGCCGUGUCCGGCCUCGGCGGCAUCCUCGGCAACGCCUCCUCCACCGCUGCCCCUGCCCCCGUCUCGUUCUCGCCGGAGUUCGACGCCACCGUGCGCGCGGACAACCCGAACGGCAAGAUCGGCGUGCACUACGAGGGCGGCGGGAGCCACGUCGCCGUGUCGUACGGCGGCGUGAGGCUCGCCGACGGCGCGUGGCCGGCGUUCUACCAGGGCCCCCGCAACGUGACGGUGCUGGUGGCGACGGCGAAGGGGUUGGGGAUACGGUUCUCGGAGCGCCUGCUCGGCGACAUCGCGGCGGCGGGGCGGCUCCGGUCGGUGCCGUUCGACGUGGACGUCAAGGUGCCCGUGCGCCUGCAGGUCGGCGGCGUGAGGACGUGGGCCGUGCCGGUGAGGGUGCGGUGCGCGGUGGUCGUGGACAGGCUCGCCGCCGACGCCAAGGUGGUGUCCAAGUCGUGCCGCGUGAAGGCGCGGUUCCUCUUCUGGAAGGACUGAUGAGGAAGCAAGAACAGUGGAGUAAUCGGUUGAUUAAAUUAGGAGAAGAAGAACAUGCAGUUUUUUGGCACCAAUGGAUUCUUGCUGUGCUUUUUCAAUGAUGUUUUACUGUAAUCAUCAUCUGUUCGUGGGUUUGAUAGAGUAAUGUUGAUCAUCCUAAUGCCAAAAUCGUGUUGUAGUUGUGAUGUUCAUGAGUUGCACCUAUGUGUUCUUUACAAAUGAGAAGAAAAAAGUUUUUGGCACUUGUUGUGUUCUUCUAGUACAUGAACAGUGCUACCUAAAGCAGAUUGUAUAGAGUUUAUAUUUCAACUUCGAA